CUGCCGCGAGAUAGCUGAUUGGAAGGAAGGGUGCCUGUGUUGACGCGCCUCCGCUCCGAGCGCACUCUACCGGCCCGCUUUAUAAACCAGGUGGCGGCGCUCCUUCGGCAGACUGUCGCUAGACACCGGCAAAGAGGCAUCAUGGCGAUCAACUGGCAGACGAGCAUGGUGGCGGCGUGUGGCCUGGUGCUGGCCGUGCUGGCCUGCAGCGCCCCGACGACGGCCAUGUCCCUGGCGCCGGGCUUCUACUCCAACCUGACCGCCGUGCCGCUGGCCGGCGGCAAAGACCAGAGCGUCAUCAUCGGCAGCACCACCUGGCAGGACAGGCUCCUGCUCACGGAGACGGCCUACAAGGAAAGUAUCUGGAUGGUGGUCCGCGACGCCGACAUCGUGUACCCGAAGAAGAGCGAGGUCCCCUUCACCAUUUCCUGCAUCAAGGUCCUCGACCAGCGCCAGGACGGCAAGAACGGCGUGGUCAAGGUGAAGCACGGCGGCAUCGGCUACAAGAACGUCCUGCUGCGCUUCCACUCGCAGCGCGGCCACGGCCUCAACUACGUCGUGCAGAUCUACGGACACUGAGCCCUCACCUCAACGAGGAAAGCUUUAAGGAUCUGGCUAGCAUUCGGGCACUCACUGAUCAGUCGGCUGUGAUAUUUCACGAGGAUUAAAUGAAGGGAUGAUUCUGUCAAAUA